AUGGAUCCUGAAGGAAUUGAGGAGGUGCUGGACUUGUCCAGGGACAAAACACAGAAUCAGGGCGUCUAUGUUUACCAGCCCGCAAACGCCGGGAAAACAGCCAUUGAACGACCUACCAAGCGCCGCAAGGUCUCUUCCACCGAUAGUCAAGGGCAAGCAGUCGAUGCUGAAUGCUUUGUGCCGCUUUUAAAUGGGCAAGAAAGUCUUGCUUCCACACAACUGCGAUACGAGACUUAUAAACAACUCUGGUCGGAGCAGGAAGGCAAGAUUCAGGCCAUUCUAGAAGAUGUCGACGCCGGAGUUUUAGCGGAUGUACUUGCCUUUGUCAGAAACAAUGAGCCCGAAACGUGCAAUGGAUGUAUACCAACGGGAUUAGUGACGGUUGGAUCAAACGUCUCUUCUCUGAGCCGGCUUCUCUCUCGCCUCAAUGAUCAAUUGCUGAGCAACAAUGAGGGCGGCGUUGUGGUGCUAGAGUCAGGCGAUGCACCCAAUUUAAAGACGACCCUCAAGAACAUCAUUCGAGCUGUGAUUACCAAUACUGAGGGGAACGAUGGAUAUCAUAAGUUUCUGACAGAUCGAAGCGGCCCCCGUCUACUUGGAUACGAUCUGGACCUCCUUCACGAUUAUGUCCAAAGAAAGGGCACCAAAAAACUAGUGCUUGCAUUCCGCGAUAGCGAGGCCUUCGAUCCCGGUUUGCUCAUGGAUCUCUUGUCCCUUCUGAAGUCAUGGCUUGAUCGAAUUCCGUUCACGGUUCUUCUCGGUAUCUCCACAUCCGUUGAGCUUUUUGAGGGCCGCCUCCCUCGAGCAUGUAUCGCGCUUCUUCAAGGACGGCAUUUCGAAGUUCAGGAUGCAGGCAAUUGCGUCGACCGUAUCUAUGAAUCGCUUCAGGCCGGCACCCAAGGGAAGAUGUGGCUCGGCCGUAACGUCACUAGCACUCUCUUGGAAAAGACGCAUGACUACUUCCAAACGCCGGAAGCCUUUAGUCGAAUGGUGAAAUAUGCUUAUAUGUCGCAUUUUUUUGCGAAUCCGCUGUCGGUUUUAUUGGACAGCCCGAACCCAGCCACGCUUUCUCAAACAUUGCUAUGCGAGGCUAUCAGGAAUUUACCAUCUUUUCGCAUGUUCUGUGAAGACCUUAUAGAUUCAGGCUCGCUGGAGGAUGUACGAUCCCUUGUCGAAAAUGACCAGGUUUUGCUGCGUGAGGCAAUCCGUCAUGUUGGGGUUGGCCAGCAGAGUAUGCGCCACUUGUUUGAUGCCGUUGGCGUCAUUUAUUCGUGUCUCCAACAUACGCAAACGGCGAAGAAAAUGAACGUCUCAGACCUCGCUGUGCGAGGGCUUUCGGGCGAGCUGGGCGAAUCGCAAGUACUUGAUGACAUGCUUGCUACCAUGAGAACUUUUGAUUCGGAGAAGAUGGCUCGCUUGGUGGAAUCUUUGCCCCAAAGAGCGUUCGCUGAUCUGCCCAUCGAAGACAUCAGGGCAGACUUUGCUACGUUAGUCAGCGCUCACACUCAUGCUUUGCCGUUGCGAAGUGAGUACAACAUCAACAGCUCUGUCAUGAAAACGACUGUUGUUCAGCAAAGGAUCUUACUCAGCAAAGGCAAAUCCAAUUUGCUCAAGCAAGAUCUUGAGUACACCAGGAUUGUUGAUCGACUGGUGGGGGCCUUCCAGGAAUACUUCGCAGAAUUUUUAAUCCAACCUCAGGAGCUUUUCAUGCACGAAGCGUUCUUGUUCGACUUUCGCAACCCUCUCAAGGAAACAUUCACACCACGACCACGCUUUGCGAUCGAGCGUGCCUUGGCCAAUCCUUUCGAUUACCUCACAUCUUCAAAUGAUCCAGGCAACGCCAGGAUUUCUGCCAAACAACCCGCGACUGCAAUACUAUACCAGCUGUACCUUGAAUCGGGGGCACUGGUGAAUAUCCAUGAUCUAUGGCAGACUUUUUACUCUGUUUUUGAGAGUCAGCAAGGUGAUGCGUGUGACGAGCGGUUGGUCAUGGCCUUGUUCUAUAGCGCUCUAUCCGAUCUGAGGUCGUUUGGUAUGGUGAAGAACAGCCGGAAAAAGACUGACCAUCUUUCUAAAUCUGUGUGGAUGGGGCUAUAG